AUGGUCAAGUCAGAUUUGGUAUUGUGUCAUCAUGAUUCCAAGAAGCCUAUCCGCUUAGCAUGCGACGCGUCACCGUAUGGAGUCGGCGCAGUUCUGUCCCAUAUCAUCGAUGGACAAGAAAGACCAAUAGCAUUCGCUUCUCGAUUCCACACUUACCUUUACGGAAGACAGUUUACGUUGGUUACGGAUUAUCAACCACUAGUAACCAUCUAUAGCCCAAACAAAGGCAUACCAGUGACCACAGCUACAAGACUACGGCGAUACGUUAUGUUUCUAUCAGGCUAUACUUACGACAUAGAUCAGUUUGAACAGUUACCAGUGACAAGCGCAACAAUCAGACGAGAGACAACAAGACACAAGACCUUAAGUAGAGUCUAUGAACAGACCAUGUCUGGAUGGUCAACUAAGCCAGAAGACAAGGUACUACUGGCGUACUACAAUCGUCGAGAUGAAAUCACAACGUAUCAGGGAUGUCUCAUGUGGGGAAUACGAGUAAUCAUUCCAGACACCCUAAGGAAACAAGUAUUGGAGGUCAUCCAUUCGACUCACCUAGGCGUAGUGAAAAUGAAAGCCCUCGCUAGAAGUCACAUCUGGUGGCCASGAAUCGACUCCGAAAUUGAACAGAUAACCAAAACCUGCUCUGGUUGUAACAAAGUACGAAACAACCCAACAAAGGUACCCAUCAACACGUGGGAAUGGCCAAGUUCACCUUGCGAACGCAUCCAUAUCGAUUUUGCUGGACCAUUUAUGAACAAACAGUUUUUGAUUAUUGUCGACGCACACUCCAAAUGGCCAGAGGUGUUCCCAAUGAACAAGAUCACAGCAACUAACAAGCACUAUUGA